AUGGUGCACGGACACAGCCACGACGGAGCCCCGUGCUCGGGACAUCAUGGAAAAGACGAGGACGGCGCCGGUGGAUCCGGGCACGGAGGCCUUACGGACCCGCAGGCCGUUUCGAAGCUCGUCGAGCAGCUCCGUCUCGCCGGCGUCGACGUCUCCAGCCUGCCGAACAUUCCGACGGCGCCGAGAGACAUCGAGGAGGCGCGCAACAAGAGCUACCAGUUCUGGAGCACCCAGCCCGUUCCGCAAAUGAGUUCGUAUCUAGUUUCGUUCAAGUUCUCACUAAUUUUAACCGUUUUCCAGACGAGCAAGUGCCGACGAACGUGAACUGUGCGAUCGAGCCGGACAUUCCGCUGGACAAGGUGCGCGCCGAGCCGUUCUCGCUGCCCGCCGGCUUCCGCUGGUCGAACGUCGACCUGAACGACGCGGAGCAACUCGACGAGCUCUACAACCUGCUCACCAAGAACUACGUGGAGGACGACGAUGCGAUGUUCCGCUUCGACUACUCGGCCGAGUUCCUGAAGUGGGCGCUGCAGGUGCCCGGCUACCUUCCCGAGUGGCAUUGCGGCGUGCGCGCCGACGGCACCAAUCGCUUGCUCGCGUUCAUCGGCGCCGUUCCGCAGACGGUUCGCGUCUACAACAAGACCGUCAAGAUGGUCGAGAUCAACUUUUUGUGCGUGCACAAAAACUUGCGCUCGCGGCGUGUCGCGCCCGUGCUCAUCCGCGAGAUCACGCGUCGCGUCAACUUCACCGGCAUCUUCCAGGCGGCGUUCACCGCCGGAAUCGUUAUUCCGAAGCCCGUCUCCGUCUGCCGCUACUACCAUCGCUCGCUGAACCCGCGCAAGCUCAUCGACGUGCGUUUCUCGCACCUCUCUCAGAAGAUGACGAUGGCGCGCACGAUCAAGCUCUACAAGCUGCCGGAGACGACGACGACGCGCGGACUGCGGCCGAUGACGCGCGAGGACGUGCCGCAGGUGUUCAAACUGCUCACGCAGAGCCUCAAGCAGUACCGGUUGGCGCCGGUGUACACCAGCGAGGAGGAGUUGGCGCACGCCCUCGUACCCGUCAAGAAUGUCGUUUAUUCGUACGUCGCCGAGGUUUGUACAACGCUAAAAUGAGUGGCACUUUCAUCCCUUUUCUUUUCAGAGCAGAUCCGGAAUCAUCACCGACUUGGUCUCGUUCUACUCGCUGCCGUCGACCGUGAUGGGCAACUCGACGCACAAGACGAUCUUCGCCGCCUACCUGUACUACUACGUGGCCGGCUCGGCGCACAUCAAGGAUCUGCUCAACGACGCGCUCAUUCUGGCGCGGAAUCAACAGUUCGACGUGUUCAACGCGCUCGAUCUGAUGCACAACGAGGAGGUGUUCGCGGAUCUCAAGUUCGGAAAAGGCGACGGAAAUCUUCAGUACUACUUGUACAACUGGAAGUGCGCCGACAUGAAGCCGAGCGACAUCGGACUCGUCCUCCAGUGA